GCUUAGAGGGGGGGCUAGGAGUUAAUAUUGUUUUAGAAAUUGCCAAAAGAACGAUUGAUUUACCUUUGCCUGAUAUCACCUUUUUCCUGGAUAUUGACCCUCAGCAAGCCCAAGAAAGAUUAAAAAAGAGAAAAUUAGCCACUGGUGAAACCCCAGAAUUAGCAGCCAAAAGAGAAGUAUUUGAAGAAACUAAUCUAGUAGUGGAAAAUCUGGAAAAAAUUGACGAAGGAAAUAUCUUUUAUGCCAACUUACCGAAAGAUAUUCAGCACUGA